UCUAUGAAGUUUGAAAAUGCUAAUUCUAAAUUUAUCAUAGUCCAACGCAAUUUGUAAUAUCGAUUAUGAUAAUCUGAACACAUUGUUUAUUCUUAAAUGUUAUGAUCCAGCUUCAUUUUUUUAAUUAUUCGAAGGGCAAAUAAGUACAUAUAUAGAGAAAGAGGGAAAAUAAAAUACACACACACGAAAGACGGAGAGAAAAUGUAUGUUACAAGGCCUCUUUCUUUGUACAGAAAGUCUCCUGAGUCUCUGUUGUUGCCACCACCGGAGGGUCCAAAUUCAGGUUAUCUUGUCAUCUGCGACGAAGAAUCUGAGACUACGACUUGUUGCGGAUUGUGCAUCGACAACUGCAUUAGGGGUCUUCCAUUUCCACAGAACAAGGAUCUGACGGUUUCAUAUUCAAUAGGCGCUGGAAAAAGCAGAAGAACUUAUUAUGACCAUGUUGCUUUCAUUCCAGUUCUCAAUCAGCCACUGGCUUCUAAUCGAUACUAUGUGAUCCGACAAAAAGGGAGGCAUAAAGGCAAAGCAUGCACAAAUUCAAAAGAAGAUGAUAUGGGAACUUGCUGUUGGCUCCCUUAUAUCCAAGAUCUCAAACCAAGGCCUUUGGAUCCAACAGAUAUUAAUCAGCAAGUGGAGAUAAUUCAAAAGAAUCGUCGUGGCUAUACAGCUAUUGCUCAAGAUGGGUUUCCUCCUCUCUUCUUGAGAAGAAAAUACUGGACGGUUUACAAGCGCACACCGCGAAAUUACCAAUUAGAUGAAGCACUAGGCCUGAACUCUUCUCUGCGAGCGAGUUUUCCAGAUUUCAACUUCUCGUUGUCCAACGAAAGCUCUGAAGCCAUGGUUGUUGGAAAAUGGUAUUGCCCUUUCAUGUUUGUGCAUGAAGAAAUGAAGUUUAAGGACCAGAUUAAGAUGUCCAUGUUCUACGAAAUGACACUUGAGCAGAGAUGGAGCAAGAUCUAUGCAUGCGAAAAUAUUAAGAAUGACCGGAAAGAUGUGGUUUCCGUAGAUGUGUUUGUUGAAAGAGAGGAGGUCUGCGUUGGUGGAAGGAAAGCUGUUUGGGAGAGGAGAAAUGGUAUUGAAAAUGGGGUGAUGUGGUUUAAGAGUUGUAAUGAUAUGGGAGCAGAACAGAGAGUGGGAUUGAGUGUGUUGAUUGUUGAGAGAAUGAAAUGGGAGCAAGAAAGAGUGGGAUUGGUUGCUGGAGGUAAGGAAAAACGAGUAAGGGUGGAGAGGAGAGAAGAGUUUGGAGGUAAAGGUGGAUGGAGUAAAUUUGGUUGCUAUUUGUUGAUGGAGAGGUUUGUGCUGAAGAGAAUUGAUGGAAGUGUUGUGUUGACUUAUGAUUUUAAGCACACCCAUGAGAUUAGGGGCAAGUGGGAAUGAGAAAUUUUUUUAUUUUUUAUUUUUAAAAUGGAAUGGGAAAUUUUAUGCUUUUUCAAUUGGGAUUUGGAUCAUAAAUGCUAU